AUGCCUGGUAGAGAUUAUCUUUAUACUGUGAACAUAAAUAUAUGCUAUUCUAUUGAUGGAGGAUAUAGAUCUUAUCAUGUUCUGCAAGAUCAACUUCAUAAUUAUAUAAGUUAUUCUGAGCAUAAGAGACACCAAUUGUCUGAUAGACUAAGAAUAGAAAUUGAACUUAAGGAAAUAAAUGUGAAGAACCUUAGAUUUGAUCAUCUGAUUUGUUCAGACGUUCUGGAUAUCAAGUUAGAACUCUUUACAGAUAUACCAGGGUCAGUUUGUGAUAUUUUUAAGGAACCAUUCAAAAAUAUAAGUUAG